GGGCCGGAGCGCAAAUGGCGUUGAGAUGGUUCAGGGCCCUGUUCAAACUCCUGCGCUGACCAUUCACCGGCGGAAGCGGCGGCGCAGGGGGCGGCGGCGGCCCAGCGGCGGCACGUAGCGGGCUCGGCGGCCCCGGAGGCCCAGGCCCAGGCCCGGCUGGGGCGCUCCAGGCCCGAGGGAAGUUGCGGUGCCGCCGCUCUUCCCCCCUUUGCCGGUUUCCUAUUUACCGCGAGCGGAGUCGCGGGGUCUGACGGCGGCGGAGCCCUCGCCGCUCUUCGUGCACCGGCGGGCCCUGUCCUUCCGCGCGGGACUCGGCGCCCGCGGGCCGUUGGGGCUGGGAGAGACGAGGCGGCCCGAGGCUAAAGCACCCGCCAGGCGCCGAGGAGAAUAUGAAACAGGUGUCAAAAUGACAUCCAGAUUUGGGAAAACAUACAGUAGGAAAGGCGGAAAUGGCAGUUCAAAAUUUGAUGAAGUCUUUUCUAACAAACGGACUACCCUUAGCACAAAAUGGGGAGAGACCACAUUUAUGGCUAAAUUAGGGCAGAAGAGGCCCAACUUCAAAUCAGAUAUCCAAGAAAUUCCGAAGAAACCUAAGGUGGAAGAAGAAAAUACUGGCGAUCCUUUUGGAUUUGAUAGCGAUGAUGAAUCUCUACCAGUUUCUUCAAAGAAUUUAGCCCAGGGUAAGGGUUCCUCUCAUUCAGAAACCAGUGAAGCCGCUCAGCUGGAAGACUUCACUUCUGUACUUGAAGCUAAUAGCAAAAUUAGUCAUGUGGUGGAUGAAGACGGUGUUGUAUCUGAUAAAUGCUUACAUUUGGAGGAUACUUUGCUUGAGAAAGAAAAGAGCACAAACCGAAUCUUAGAAGACGAUGCAAGCAAAAGUAGUUGUGCUAAAUUAAUGACUUUAGAUAAAGUGGAGAAUUUUAGUGACGAAUAUGAAAAGGAUAGUCACCAUAUUUACAAAAAUGCUGAAGACAGUACUAAGAAACCCAAUGCGGAAACUAUAGUGGCUCCUGGAUACAAAGCUGAUGAAAUCAAGGAAACAAAUGAUACAUGGAAUUCCCAACUUGGAAGAAGGUUAGAAUCUCCAUCAGAAAUAUCUCUGAUUAAGGGAUCUGUAAGAACUGGUUUGUAUGAGUGGGAUAAUGAUUUCGAAGAUGUCAGAUCAGAAGAUUGUAUCUUAAAUUUGGAUAGUGAUCCUCUUUUGGAAAUGAAGGAUGAGGAUUUAAAAAGCCGGUUGGAAAACCCAGACGAAGCCAUUGAGGAAGAAGACAUCAUGCAAAGUGUUCUUAGGCCAAGCAAUUGUAGGACGUACUGUAGGGUCAAUAAAGCAAAAUCUUCCCAAGGAACAUCCAAUUUUGAUAAGCUAUUAGAUGGCACCAGUCAGGCCUUAGCCAAAGCAAACAGUGAGUCAGGUAAAGAUGGCCUGAAUCAGGCAAAGAAAGGCAGUGUGAGUUGUGGGACCAGUUUUAGAGGGACAGUUGGACGGACUAGAGAUUACACUGUUUUACAUCCAUCUUGCUUGUCAGUUUGUAACGUUACCAUUCAGGAUACUAUGGAACGCAGCAUGGAUGAGUUCACUGCAUCAACUCCUGCCGAUUUGGGGGAAGCUGGCCGCCUAAGAAAAAAGGCAGAUAUUGCAACUUCUAAAACCACUACUAGAUUUCGACCUAGUAAUACUAAAUCCAAAAAGGAUGUUAAACUUGAAUUUUUUGGUUUUGAAGCUCAUGAUGAAACAGGAGGUGAUGAAGGGGGUUCAGGGAGUUCUAAUUACAAAAUUAAGUAUUUUGGCUUUGAUGAUCUCAGUGAAAGUGAAGAUGAUGAAGAUGAUGACUGUCAAGUGGAAAGAAAGACAAGCAAAAAAAGAAAAACAGCUCCAUGCUUGCAUCCUGUUCCAGAAAGCAAUGAUAAUUCCCGGGACAGUCAGUCUAAUACUAAUAACGCAGUUUUGAUUACCAUUUCAGAAAACUUGGAUUUUACAGAAGACUUGCCUGGUGUUCCUGAAAGUGUGAAGAAGCCCCCAAGUAAACAAGGAGAUAAAUCAAAGGAAAAUACCAGAAAGAUUUUUAGUGGCCCCAAACGGUCUCCUACAAAAGCUGUGUAUAAUGCCAGACAUUGGAACCAUCCAGACUCAGAAGAACUACCUGGGCCACCAGUAGUAAAACCUCAGAGUGUUGCAGUGAGGCUGUCUUCAAAGGAACCAAAUCAAAAAGAUGAUGGAGUUUUUAAGGCUCCUGCACCACCACCCAAAGUGAUAAAAACUGUGACAAUACCUACUCAGCCCUACCAAGAUAUAGUUACCGCACUAAAAUGCAGAAAAGAAGACAAAGAAUUAUAUACAGUUGUUCAGCACGUGAAGCACUUCAAUGAUGUGGUGGAAUUUGGUGAAAAUCAAGAGUUCACUGAUGACAUAGAGUAUUUGUUAAGUGGCUUAAAGAGCACUCAGCCUCUAAACACACGUUGCCUUAGUGUUAUUAGCUUGGCUACUAAAUGUGCCAUGCCCAGUUUUCGAAUGCACCUGAGAGCACAUGGAAUGGUAGCAAUGGUCUUUAAAACCUUGGAUGAUUCCCAGCACCAUCAGAAUCUGUCCCUUUGUACAGCUGCCCUCAUGUACAUAUUGAGUAGAGAUCGUUUGAACAUGGAUCUUGAUAGAGCUAGUCUAGACCUAAUGAUUCGACUUUUAGAACUGGAACAAGAUGCUUCUUCAGCUAAGCUACUGAAUGAAAAAGACAUGAACAAAAUCAAGGAAAAAAUUCGCAGGCUCUGUGAAACUGUACACAACAAGCAUCUUGAUCUAGAAAAUAUAACGACUGGGCAUUUAGCUAUGGAGACGCUACUAUCCCUUACUUCCAAACGCGCAGGAGACUGGUUUAAAGAAGAACUCCGGCUUUUGGGUGGUCUGGAUCAUAUUGUAGAUAAAGUGAAAGAAUGUGUGGAUCAUCUCAGUAGAGAUGAGGAUGAAGAGAAACUAGUAGCCUCAUUAUGGGGAGCAGAGAGAUGUUUACGAGUUCUAGAAAGUGUAACAGUGCAUAAUCCAGACAAUCAAGGCUACUUGAUAGCAUAUAAAGAUUCACAACUCAUUGUUUCAUCAGCUAAAGCAUUGCAACAUUGUGAAGAAUUGAUUCAGCAGUAUAACCGUGCUGAGAACAGUAUAUGCUUGCCUGAUAGCAAGCCUCUGCCUCAGCAGAAUGUCACUAACCACGUGGGCAAAGCAGUGGAAGACUGCAUGCGGGCCAUUAUCGGGGUGCUGCUCAAUUUAACGAACGACAAUGAGUGGGGCAGCACCAAAACAGGAGAACAGGAUGGCUUGAUCGGCACAGCGAUGAACUGUGUGCUUCAGGUUCCAAAGUACCUACCUCAGGAGCAGAGAUUUGAUAUUCGAGUGCUAGGCCUAGGUCUACUGAUAAAUUUAGUAGAAUAUAGUGCUCGGAAUCGGCACUGUCUUGUCAACAUGGAAACGUCGUGCUCCUUCGAUUCUUCCUUCUGCAGUGGAGAAGCAGAUGAUAGUUUAAGGAUAGCUGGACAAGUUCAUGCUGUUCAGGCUUUAGUGCAGCUAUUUCUUGAGCGAGAGCGAGCAGCCCAGUUGGCAGAAAGUAAAACAGAUGAAUUGAUAAAAGAUACUCCCACCACUCAGCAUGAUAAGAGUGGAGAGUGGCAAGAAACAAGUGGAGAAAUACAGUGGGUAUCAACGGAAAAGACUGAUGGUGCAGAAGAGAGACAAAAGAAGGAGGAGGAGGAGGAGGAACUUGACCUCAAUAAAGCCCUUCAGCAUGCUGGCAAACAUAUGGAGGAUUGCAUUGUGGCCUCGUACACAGCACUGCUUCUUGGUUGUCUCUGCCAGGAGAGUCCCAUCAAUGUGACCACUGUGCGGGAGUAUCUGCCUGAAGGGGACUUUUCAAUAAUGACAGAGAUGCUCAAAAAAUUCCUGAGCUUUAUGAAUCUUACUUGUGCUGUUGGAACCACAGGCCAGAAGUCUAUCUCUAGAGUGAUUGAGUACUUGGAACAUUGCUAGCUGCUUUACCUCUGCUGCGGGGCUCGGCCGUGCUGGAGCCGGUCUGAGACAGAGAAGUGGUGACAGACAGAUCUCCUUGGAGAAUACCAAGAACAUUCAUCAGUAUCAUUCACGUUGGAUUUCUAAGGCCUCCUGAUUUCUUCGUCAUGCAUUCUGCAUUUGCUCAAUGACAGUUACUACAUCAAUCUGCAACUAUCAAAAAUGAGGGAAAAGGUUCAGGCUAAUUCCAUGCAGUAUUUAAGUACACUUCCUUUGGCAGAGUUUAUACUCUUCCCCUGUUCUCUUGCUUCACUCUGGGCAAGAUUCAGGGGGAAAUUUGUGCUGCUGUUAGUGCAACUGCUGUGUAUGUUGAGCCACUGUUGUCAUGCCAGCCAGGUGCAGAGGCAGCUUAGCUACUGAGGCAUCGAAUGUUCUGAGGACAUUCUAGACAACAGCGUAGUUCCUUUUUCAGGCUCAUUGCUUUUGCUUUUUUUGUUGAAUGAUUCCGAUCGUAAAUAAAGCUUUUAAUAAUUUUGUGAAUUUUUUCUUGUUGUUCCCUGAACUACUGUCUAUAUUUAAAAUUAGAUGGAAUCCAAAGACACAAGGGAUUAAUAGCAUACUUUUUAUUCUUGAUUUGAUUUAGGUUGUCAAACUUUUUCACUUUCAGAUCGUGACCAUGUUCAUUAUGAUACCAUAGUGAGUCAUAACUAUAGACACAAGUAACAGUUGAAGGGACUGUUAUCUAAGAUGAUGCGCCCUGUAAAGGCUGAAGAAAAAUGGACAACCCAGGGCAGUUUACGCUUCAUGUCAGGGAGGCUCCUGAAACACUUAAGUUUGGAGGGAGAACUCUCUAGAUAUAUUUUCUAAUGCUCAGUACAGUAAAUAUAAGAAGCUAAAACACCAAUGUGGAAUUCAUGUUUCCAGAUAACGUGUAUAUUCUUCUAUAGAGUGACAGGAUCAAAUGCAUAAACGCAAAGCCUUAAAUUGCUGGUGUAGAAAAGACCCUUUUUUCCAUUUAGAUUCUUACUUCACAGAGCAGUGUGUUUGGAAAACAGUCAUGGAACACACAAAACAUUUAAUUUCACAACACUGCAAAUUUUUCUUGUAUUGUUCAGACCACCAGUUUUACAUUUUUUCUUUAAUUGAUCAGGCCUGAAUACAGGCUUUUAGAGAUCUAUUUCAUUCAUGUUUUUAAAUACCUUUCCGGUAGUCAUAUCAUGUUUCUUCAUUGGAUUUGUAAAACUUGAAGCCAUAAAAAUAUUAGUUUGGUGUGUACUGGGGAAAAUAGCUAAAAGUCUAAGAUUUAGUCAUUUAGACUUUGUUAUUUCCUUGUAUAAAGUGACAAAUCGGGGCUCUUGUAUCAGUGCCAGCUGUAAUGUUUUUAAUGCAGUGGCUGCCUUCUAAUGUCUUCCUAUUUUUGAUAAUGCAGAUUGUUGGGAAAUCUAUAAGUAACUGGUUCUGGACAAAUUGUUUUCUCCCUCCUACCUACCCUGACCCCACCCAUCACCUGAGAGCAUAGUGUGCCAGUGUAACUUGGGAAAGACAGGUUGUACUUGCCCUGACUGAGUACAGAAGCUAGCUUAGCAAACUAUUUUAAAGGCAUAUCAGGAAAUGAUACCCAGAAAAUGGAAUUAGAUAUAUUUUGUUUAAUUAUUUUAAAAUACAUUGAUAUUUAUUAAUCAUUGAUUUAGGAAAAGGAACAGAUUUUUUGGUAAAGCUGACUGGCAGGUGGUAAGAAAUACAAAACAUUUGAAUGAGAACAAUCAGGGCGAACUACAUUUUUCUGUUACACUGGUAAUCAUCUGAGAAUUGAUUUACCUCGGUGUUUAACAGUUUUUUGUUUUGUUAUUUAAAUAAUAACUAAUUGUCAAGCACUGAUAAAUGCAGAUUUUGGUGGGGGGUGGGGGAGACAUCACCUCACCAGCUGCAGCGAAUUUGUGUGUUUAACCCUCAGAGAACUCUGCAUUUUAGGGUACUUGAGGCUGACUUACAAAUUAAAGUUUUAAAGUAACCUUUUUUUCCAUUGUAAAUAUCUCUGUAAAUACUACCAGUUGGAAAUUAGAACAGUAGAAUACUUUUCUGAAUCCAAUCUUAUUUUAUACAGUAUUUCUCAGCUGUGAUCUUUGGAGCAAAAGCCAACGGCAGGAAAAAAUAGUUUGUACCAGUUUCAUGAAGUAUGUCUUUGGGUUUUUUGUAAAUAAUUUUAACUCAAAUAAAAUUGCUACUUUCAAUACA